GAACAAACUCCUUUGUUAUUGAAUUAGUUUAGGGAUCUUUCUCCUUGUUUAUUGUUUGAGUUAGACUUAGACAUAAUACUGAUUCAAAAAAACGUGAGUUCUGAUUUCACCAAUUCUUUUGGAAAUGGAACUGUAGAUGAAAAAUUGUCUUUGAACCACCAUAUGCCUCAUCGUCACAUAUAGUAGAUCUGGGAAGAGACUAGAGUUCGAAGAUCACAUUUCAAGAUUCAAGAUCGGAGCCAACAUAGAGAGAUAAAAGCAAUUGAAUUCUAACGCCGACUCUCUCAAUUCCGUUGAAACUCAAGUUCAGGAAAGAGGAUUUGGGCAUCGCGCACUCCCGAUAAUGGCUGGUGAUCUUUUCCAUGAUUUGCCGCCUCCAAGUGCGCCACAAUCUCAACAAAUCGCACUUUCUCCAGUUACCACUGCUCUUAAAUCUAAGCCCAAACCCACUGCGCCGCCGGCUCCUCUUGCUCCGGCGCUAAAGAGCGCCCUCAAAAGGCCUAAGUCGCAGCCCGAGUCACAGCCUCAAGAAAGUUCAUCUGCUCCUGGUAAACGCCUGAGGUUUAAGACAACAACAGAUGCCUCGGAAAAACAAGUAAUUGAAGCUAUGCAGAAGAUAGCUUCGCACAUAAAGAAUACUUCAAAGUUCAAUAAAGCAUCAAAGCUCGCUAUACAGUUGAUCGAGGCUGGUAGUAUCAAGGAAGCGACCAGUGAAUAUUUCUUUGUGGUACUUGAAGCAGCGAUGGCCCCCUUAACUAGUUGCAAUGAGCCCUCUCUACGUGCUGAUUAUCAUGCAUUAUUCACAGCUGCGCAGGAUGUAGCUGAAUGCCUAAACAAGAAGCAACAAAACCUAUUGGCUGCAUGGACAAUUAGGGCUGUUUGGGCAAAUGACCUGUUCACUGAUGACAGUUUUGUGUUCUCAAAGGCAACUGGGAGAAUAAAAGAAGCCAUAUCCGCUCUUCCAGUUGCAACCAAAGAAGAUGAUAUAGAAGAAGCUGCUGCAUUAAAAGAUGAGACUGAGAAGAUAAAUGCAGAGGCACAGCUAAAAAAGGAAGAUGGUGUAGAGGAAGAGUCUGAUCCAUUCGGAUUGGAUGCCCUUAUAUCAAAUGCACCUGCCAAAGAAGAAAAAUCGAAAAAGGAGUCAUCAUCCCAUAGUGGAAAUGAAGACGACGAGAAGGGGAGAUUCCUCAAAUUGCAGAGACAAGCAUUGCUUCUGUGCUUAGAGACUGCUGCAAAGAGAUACCAAAAGCCAUGGUGCCAAACAGCCAUCGACAUCUUGGCAAAGCACGCAUUUGAUAAUAUAUCAAGAUUCGCCACUGGGCAAAGGGAUGCGAUUGAGAAACUCUGGGGUUCGAUCAAGGAGCUUCACAUGCGCAGGAAGCAAGGGAAGUCCGUAUCCGGGAAACUGGAUGUGAAUGCUUUCGAGUGGCUCCAGCAAAAAUACGCAGGCGAGAAGAUCAGCAUCCGGCGUUCUGUCGGAGGCAGCGGAGACCGUAAAUGUCAACAAUGGCUUGGUUGAUGUCAUUGCCACCUGUAUUCUUAAUCGGCAGGUAGUAGAGUUAGAUUAUGUAUUCAUGAAUACUAACUGGAUUAUCAGAUUCCCAACUUUCUUGCCUCAAAUAUGAGCCUAUUUAUUUUCUCACAUUUUAGUUUUAUUUCGGAAAGUAUGGCAACAUUAUAGUAGUACAAGAGUUAUAUUCCGGGUAGUUAUGUUAUGUAUCGUGUUCAAUGGAUCAAGAUUUAAGUUCAAAUA